AUGGAAGCCUGGAAAAAUGAGGUCUUGGAGCUGCUGAGGCUGAAUAGGCCAAUUCCACCAGUCAUAAAUCCAUCUUCAAUGCACGAGCAAGCUCAAACACAGCAGCCCAGCCCUGGGGAAGGUACUUCUAGACUUGGGAGAAGACCAGGCAAGGAACCAGCAGGUGAUAACCAGGAGGAUGUCCAAGAGAUAUCUGGUGACAAUGAGGACCAAGGAGAGAAUGUGUUUGAAUUUCAGAGGGAUCUUAGAGCCGCAGAAGGAGGUCAUUGGGCUCCCAGGAGGGAGAAUCUAUAUGGCAGAAAUUGGCACCACAACCAUGGAGGUGACCCACUUAUGAGGUAUAAACAAGAAUUCCCUCCUUUUGUCUAUGAACAUCCUAGGUUGUGGGUAGUUAGAUGUGGAAGAUUUUUCAUGCUAGCAAGGAUACCUAGGGAUGAAGUUAUGAAUAUUCUGUGUGUGAAUUUAUCUGGCAAGGUUGGUUUGUGGUUUGAAGGGCAUCUCAAUGAACUGAGAGUGGGAUUUCAGUGGGUUGAUUUUGCAAGAGCUAUGUGCAAAAGGUUCUGUGAACACAACAUUGAUGUUAUGGAAGAGUUUUCUAAUUUAAAACAAUGGGGGAAUGUAGUGGACUUUGCUGACAAAUAUGAAGAAUACAAGGGCUUAUGUAAAAGUCCUACCUUCAACAUCAUUGAAGGGGCUGAUUCCCAGGACAAUGAAGGGGAAAUCAGUGAGGACCUAACUGAAGAGACAGAAGCCACAGAGAAUCCUGAACAGAAUGUGGAGGUGACCUUGAAUGCUGUUAUUGGUGGGGAGGGGAUGAACACAAUUAAACUCCUAGGUGCUAUCAAUAGACAACCAAUCACUAUACUUGUGGACUGUGGAAGUACCCACAGCUUUAUAGAUCCUAGAAUCUUGGUUCAAUUGAGAAUUACCCCUGAGAAGGCUAGGGGUCUCAUAGUUACAGUAGCCAAUGGGGAGAUAAUGUCCUGUGAUUCAGUCUGUUGUGGAUUGAAAUGGCAGGUUCAGGAUGAAACUUUUGAAAGAGACCUCAUAGUACUAAGGCUUGGGGGAUGUGAUAUGGUCUUAGGAAUGGAUUGGAUUGAUUCCUAUUCCCCAAUCCAGCUCCAUACUAGGCCUCCAGGGAUAUCAUUCUAUAAGGAUGGUAAAAGAGUGUUACUUAAGGGGAUGACUAAGGGGAUUACAUUAAAACAAGCUACAAAGAAGGAGGUUAGGAGGUGGAAGAAGGAGGGAGUCCAGGGGUAUCUAUUGCAGGGAAUGAUCCACAGUGUACUCUCCAGUGGCAAGACAGAUAUAGACUACCCUGAAUUGUCUGAAAUACUGGGAGAAUUCCAGGAUGUGUUUGAGGAGCCUAAGACACUACCACCAAAGAGGCUUUUUUAUCAUGAGAUACCACUGAUCCCAGGAGCCAAGCCAGUUAAUAUCAAGCCAUAUAGGUACUCAUUUCUGCAAAAGAACACAAUUGAGAAGAUGGUAGAUGAAAUGUUGACAGCAGGAAUCAUUGUCCACAUCAACUCACCUUUUGCCUUCCUAGUUCUGUUGGUCCCAAAGAAAGACAAUUCUUGGAGAUUCUUCAUAGACUAUAGGGCAUUGAAUGACAUAACCAUCAAGAAUAAGUUUCCCACCCCUAUAGUUGAGGACCUAUUCUCAGAAUUAGCCAAUGCUAAAGUGUUUACUAAGUUGGACUUCAGAGCUGGUUACCAUCAAGUCAGGAUGAGAGAAGGGGAGGAGUAUAAGACAACCUUUAGGACACAUCAAGGGUUGUAUGAAUUCAGGGUCAUGCCCUUUGGGUUGACAAAUGCCUCAGCCACAUUCCAAGCACUAAUGAACCAUGUGUUCAAACCCUUAAUUAGAAAAACUGUUUUGGUCUUUUUUGAUGAUAUACUCAUCUACAGCCCUACAUUAAAGAGUCAUUGGGAGCACUUGAGAGAGGUAUUGAGGAUCAUGAGGGGCCACAAGCUGUUAGCCAAGCUCAACAAAUGCUCAUUUGCCAAUAAAGAGGUUGAGUAUCAUGGACAUAUUAUUUCAGAGAGGGGACUGCACACUGACCCUUCCAAAUUGGCUGUUGUGUCAUCUUGUCCUAAGCCAACUAAUGUCAAGGAAUUAAGAGGGUUUUUAGGCCUCAAAGGCUACUACAGGAGGUUCAUUAGGUCAUAUGGGGUUAUAAGCAUACCACUUACUAAUAUGCUCAAGAAAGAUGCAUUCCAGUGGAGUCUUGAGUCUGAAUCUGCCUUUGAAACCUUGAAGCAAGUUUUACCUGAUUUUGAUAAGGAAUUUGUGGUAGAGGCUGAUGCAUGCCACAAAGGAAUGGGAGCUGUGUUAAUGCAAGAAGGCAAGCCAAUGGCUUAUUUCAGCAAAGGGUUUGGGACUAAGCAUUUGGGACUCUCUAUAUAUGAAAAAGGAGUAUCUUUCUAUUAUCAAUGCAGUGGAUAA